AUGCAUGGUAUAGUUAUUAUAAUAUGCCUGUUAAGAUUCAGCAGUUGCGAAAACGAUGUAAGCAGCCUUUUUGAGGAAAUUAAUAAAAAUGUGGUCAAAUUGAAUGCGAUUGCUGCUGAAAUAGAAUGGGCUUCAAGUAUUAACGACAACACACAAAAACUUAAAGAUAGUUUAGAAUUUUAUCAAAAAAAUCGAAUAUUAUGGCAACGGAAAACUUGCGAUAAGUUGGCUAUUCUCCAAAACCGUCUAAUGUUGAACCAAACCCAGAAGAGACAAGCAUUUCUCUUAUGCAGGCAACCUGCAUAUAAAGUAGGAGAAGCGAGAUCUUUGUAUGAGUUAAAUGAGAAGAUGCAAUCGACCUAUUACAAUGCUGAAGUAUGCAUUCCACGUGCAAAAUUCCUACCUCGUUCACCCUUAAAGAUGAAUCUUACAGAUAUUGAAAAUGCUAUAAUUAUAUAUUUAUCAACGGAAAAACAAAAUUUUAAAUUCAAAAACGUAUAUUUAGAUAGUUUUGUGAAACGUGACGUGCUUUGCUUGAAACAAAAUGAUUUGGAGAAACUCACAGCGUAUUCGAAGAAAGAAAACGUGUUAAGGUGGAUAUGGCUCGCAUGGAGAGAGGAGACUGGUCCACUGAUAAAAUAUUUUUAUAACAAGCUUAUUAAUAUAGAAAAUAAAGCUGCAAGAAGAAAUGGUUAUGCAGACAUUGGUGAAUAUUGGCGAGCUGAGCUUGAGAUACCAAACUUAAAAUAUUUUUGCCACCGACUUUACAAGUCUAUUCUACCAUUGUAUAUGCUUCUUCAUGGUGUUGUUCGGUAUUACCUAAAAAAGAAGUAUGGCGAUAUUGUUCCAGCACGAGGACCAAUUCCGUCACAUUUACUUGGAAACCUCUGGAACCAAAACUGGGAGCCGUUGACAGAUUUAAUAAUACCUAACACUAUCAGUUUAGACGAAAAUAUGAAAAACAUGAAUUGGAAUGUUAAGCAUAUGGUAAAGCGAACCGAAGACUUUUAUCUAUCUUUGGGCUUGCCGGCAAUGACAGACACAUUUUGGCGUAAUUCAGUGUUUACUCAAGGAGGACAUGGAGACUUACGUUGUCAUGGGACAGCGGCAGACAUGUUUAAAAAGGACGACUUUAGAUUAUUAUAUUGCUCUGGUAUCUCUUUGCAAGAUUUUAAUGUAUUACAUCACGAAAUAGGACAUAUCCAAUAUUACAUGGCGUAUGCCCAUCAACCCGGUAUAUUUAGGCAAGCUAACUCAGCGCUACACGAGACAAUUGGAGAAGCAGUAAUGAUUGGAGUCGUAACUCCGCAGCAUUUGAACCGACUCGGCUUGAUCAAUGAUUCAAUUCUGUAUUCAACAGGUGUUAAAAAUAAUGCUUAUACUCUUUUAAGUACAAAUCUAAAUGAAAACGCUCAUUAUAAAUCACACAAAUCUACAAAUAUUCCAAUAAAAGGUAAAUUACUCGUAACUGCAACAAAUGAUGAAAUACUUUUACUAAAACGAGCUUUAAGCAAGCUACCACAAAUACCGUUUUCGCUGCUCAUCGAUGAAUACCGUUGGAGGUACUUCGAAGGAAGUAUUGAAAGAGAUUCACUGAAUAAAGAAUUUUGGGCUAUUGCUUUAGAACUUCAAGGCAUAUCACCUCCUGAAGAAAGAGGAGAAGAUUUUUUUGACGUCGGUGCUAUUUAUCAUGUUGCGGAUAAUACGCCCUAUAUAAGGUACUUCCUGAGUAGUUUCAUUCAGCACCAGUUAUUUGAAAACUUCUGUAAAGUUGCUGUCUUCGGUAAUCAGCAAAUUAAAGAACCAUUGCCUAGUACAAUACUUUUAAAUGAAUGUGAUAUAUACGGAGCUAAAAACGUCGGGAAAAUGUUAAAGAAUUUAAUGUCACGUGGCAACUCUCAGCAAUGGCGUGAAAUUUUAUGGGCUGCAUUAGACGAACACGAUAUUUCACCAGAACCACUGUUGCGAUACUAUCGACCUCUACAGGACUUUUUAACGAGACUGGUUAUUGCUUAUGAAAUACCUAUUGGAUGGUAA